AUGGAAAACAUAAGUAUCCAUUUGGGGAAAGAUGAUCAAAACGAUGAAGUGUCAGUGGCAUGCGCGAGUGAAAAUUUAGAAUCAGCUAAUGAAAAUAUUUUGUCCAAAACAUGUGUAAGAAAGAUAGAGCCAGAGCAUGCUCUGUUGUUAAAUGUUAGGAGAUCACGAACUAGUGGAAAUUGCAGUGAAAAGUUCCUCCUUCGAAAUGUUCAUGGUUUACAUAGUAAAAUUCCAAUGCACAUCGUAAGCUUUGAUGAGAAAUACGUUCUUCGUUGCCUUGAAAUGAUACGCACAUACGCGUUGAGGGCAGCAGUACAGAGUUUUUCUUCUAAAGUGGAUAUUUUGUCAGAUACCAACAGAAGUUCAUAUGAAAUGGCUAGGUUAGGCACUCAAUUUCCUUUUGUUGUGGGAACUGAAAACAUUGCUGUACGCUCUACUAGAGAUUGGAUUAUAAGCAAGGUGACUGGUAGCAAGAGUAUGAUGAACAUCUUGAAGAGCCCAUUACUUCACCAAUUUGGCACUUUAGACAGUAAUGUCAAUUUUGGAAGAAGUAUACUUGAUUCCAGUCGACCAGUUUGUUCCGAUUCUGUGACUUCUAGCAGUUUGUUGCAUAAGAUACAAAAGGAGGUUACUGUUCUUGAUCAUGGAUAUGGAUCUGCAUGUGCGCAUAAAAGGCAUACAUCCCUAUCAAGCACAAACUCUACUUGUUCUGAUCAGACGUCUUCUUCUGUAUCUUCUGCGAUGUAUCAUGGAAUGCUGCAAAUUAUAUGGAAGGAUGGGUUGCCACACCAUGUUUUCUCCAUAGAUGACAAGGAAGUCUAUGUAGCCAGUCUGUUUAAAGCUGAGUCACCAGAAGAUAAGGUUUUGGAUUAUGUCUACGCAUUUCAUUCAAGUAAAAAUGGAUACAAAGAAUGUGAUAUUCGUGAACAUGAGUUAGAACUCCUCGGGAGAAUGCGAGUUUCUACUUCAAUCACAUUAUGUUCAAACAACUCAGAAAUACGGGAAACUCGUUUUGUUCUAUUUGGUUUCAAUGGCAAUCCCAUAGGAGAGACGCAGGCCUCAAGUAAUGCCCUUGGGAAGAAUAAGAGACUCACACGGAAGGUAGUGAAUGCUUUCAGGUCAAAGCAGAGAUCGUCUUCCAAAUUUGAGGGGACAAGUGCAAUCUUUGAAGAUACUUCUUGGGAACCACCUCGAGGUUUGCAAAAGAGUCUUGAUCCAGAUGAUGGCAGUGCAGAAAAUCAAUAUGUUGCAAAUCUUGAGUUGGCAGCCAUUGUUGUGAGAGACCAUAUUUGCAGCACCCGUAAGGAGGCAGCACUUGGAGGAUGGGGACUAAAGUUUCUAAAAAAAUCUGGAAAUAAUCAAUGUCUAGAGACCUCAAUACCUUCUGAAAUAUGUCCACGAAACAGUGGUGAAUGCUCAACAAGCACGAACAUUCUCAUUCCAGCAGGUUUUCAUGGGGGACCAAGAACCAGAAAUGGUGGUCCUUCAACUCUUAUUGAUAGGUGGAUCUCAGGUGGGUGCUGUGACUGUGGGGGAUGGGAUAUUGGGUGCCCGCUAACAGUACUCAACGUCACGUCUAGUGGCACUGAUGCUUCCUUCCAGUUAGAAAAUUCAGAGGAAUGCAAGUCGUACAAUUUCUUUAUACAGGGUUCGAAGCAAAACACACCCAUCAUGAAAAUGUUAAAUAUCCACGACGGUUUGCAUUAUAUCCAUUUCCAAUCAACUCUAUCGACACUGCAGUCUUUUGCUAUAGCUGCUGCAAUUAUUCAUUCUCGGAGCCCUGCUCUGCCAUCCAAAAUGUACAAGAGUUAA